UGUGGAAAAAAAAAAAUCAGAAUUUUGUUACAUUUUAAUUUUUUUUUUUAUAUGUACAUGCAGAAUAUAUAUUUUUAUUCUAAACUCUAAUAGUUAUAUUGUGGUUUAUUGAAACAUAAGCAAAAUGAAAAAUCAUUAACAUCUAUUUAAAAUAAAAAUAACACGAGCGGGAAGAAUUUUUUUUGUGAAGGCUUAUUAUUUUAAACGAAAUUUGAAAAUCGUUUAAUUUUUCACAAAAAAAAAAAAAAUUUGAAAAAGGAUGAAUCACAUGAGAUGACUUUAUCCAAGAAGAAAAUUUCAACAAUCAACUCUGAAUUUUCUUAUGAAAAAAACCGAAAUAAAAUGUGUGAAAAUUGAAUAAAAUUUUUUGAAUUACAAAUUGUUAAAAGGGAAAACGUGGAUAAUACAAGUUUGUAAUUUUUUUUAGUGGUAACAUUUGUCAAAAUUCCUUAUCUAACGGAAGGACAAGUUUUUUUUUCUUGGAAAUAGCAAAUUUUUACUAAAACGUUAAUUGCCACAAAAGAAAAAACAAUAAUUUUGAGAGAACAGUUAAUUAAAGAAAAUAAUAAACUUGAAAAUGUUUUGAUUGAUCUAAAUAUUAAAAAUAUAAGAAAUUAUUAUUUCAACUAUAGUAAAAGACUCUACUAUAUUUGAAGCAACACGAGAUACAAGCAGCAUAGUGCAGCAUUUGUGUACACCGAAACGAACGAAACGAUUGUACUUUUAUGUUUUUCUUUUUUAUAUGAAAAAAUAAAUGUUUAAGGAGCGAAAAGAGUGGAGAAUAAUAAUAAAAAAAGAGCAGCUAUAAAAAAAAAGAGAGCCAAUUUUACAGUAUUAUCAAUAAUAGUAGAUUCUGCAAAAAGGAUAAUAACAGAAAAUCUCGUACAUAUAUAAAAUAUUAAAAAAAAAAUUUCACACAUUUCAAUACGUAUUGGUAUAUGUAUAAUACAUAAAUAUAUAAGUAACCGUUAAAUUUUUUUUUGCUUUGGAGUAAAUUAGAAAGAAAAUUGUCAACUUUUUCAAUAUGCCAUCGUUGCAACAGUUCAAUCAAAAUGAUUGCCAAAGUUCUGAUGUUCGAUCACUUACUGGUGCAGACAUUCUCCACAGACUUUCAAUUAAUUCAUUAUUAGAACAACAGCAUGACUUAAUUAAUAGAAAUGGAAGAUUUUCAUCCCCCACAGAAGGGGAGACAAUAAUUGAUUUACUUGGACUCUCGGCAAAUUCUAGAGAUUCUGUGAUUGGUUCACAUUCAGAAUCAAUAUCUCCUUUACCUGCAUACACACCUCUUACACCAAGCUCAACACAAUCUUCAAUGUCACCUGGAAAUAGCUUAGGAAGAAAUUUCGAGAGCUUUCAUUUCGACAAUAUUGGGCAGAACUCACCUUUGUCCGCAUUACAAAGGAAUAUUAGCUUUGAUUGUUCAGCACCAAUGUCACCGGGUACACCAACAUCUAUAUAUAAUCGAUCAUUUCAUAGUUCUCCACAAACGCAAUUUAAUGAUGAAUCAAGUAGCAGCUCAGGAGUUUCUGAUCGUAAUCAUGCUGUAAUUACUUCAAGCAGAUCAAAUUCACCAGAAAGUGAUAAGAGUAACCAAUCGAACCUGGAAAAGAUCAGUAUUAUUGAUAUUAUGAAUUAUAUGACAUUAAAUCAACAACAGGAACAACCAAAUAAUCAAAUUAAAAGACAACAGCAACAACAACAACAACAGCAAUUAUAUUUAAAUUUGUCUCAACAAUUUUCAAAUCAAAAUUUCCCCCAACAUCAAUUGCAAUCGUCUAUAAGCAAUUUACAACAACCACAGCAACAACAGCAACAACAACUUCAUGCAAACCAGACGAAUUUACAUAUCCCAAAUGUUAACAAUCAAAAUAUAAUAAACAAUAAUAACAACAACAACACCAAUAAUAUUACAUCAACUGAUUUACAGUUGGCUAAACUACAAAAUUUACAAGCUUGUGUUCUGAAAUUGGCACAAGCACAGGUACAAGCUCAAUCACAAUCAUCUGUACCAGUGCCAAUACUUGGAAUAAGUCAAUACCUUCAAAAUUGUAAUUCAAAUCAGAUAAAAAAUUGGCAAAUUCAAAGAACUCAAACUGGAAGCAAUGAUGCACAUUUAGAUCGUGUGGCUAGAUUCCAUCGGAGUUCCGCUGCACUUUAUGAUGCAACAUGUACUUGGAGAGGUGUUUUACCUCUUCGAACCCAUAAGAUUGUUAACUAUUCUCCAAAAGUUUUCCUUGGCGGUAUUCCAUGGGACAUAAAUGAACAAUCUUUGAUACAAAUAUUUAAACCAUUUGGUCCAAUAAGAGUCGAAUGGCCCGGAAAAGAACAACAAGCUACACAACCUAAAGGUUAUGUUUAUGUUGUAUUUGAAUCAGAAAAACAAGUUAAAGCUUUGUUAUCUGCUUGCGUUCUUCAUGAUGAGUCUUCUGCUACUGCUGGAAAUUACUACUUUAAAAUAUCCUCCAAAAGAAUAAAAUCAAAACAAGUUGAAGUCAUCCCUUGGAUAAUUGCUGAUUCAAAUUAUGUUAAAUCAGCAUCGCAAAAGCUUGAUCCAACAAAAACAGUAUUUGUCGGAGCACUUCAUGGCAAAUUGACUGCUGAAGGUCUUUCAAAUAUCAUGAACGAUUUGUUUGAUGGAGUUGUUUAUGCUGGCAUAGAUACUGAUAAAUAUAAAUAUCCAAUUGGAUCUGGUAGGGUUACUUUCAAUAAUAACCGUUCUUAUAUGAAAGCUGUAUCGGCUGCCUUUAUCGAAAUCAAAACUAUGAAAUUUACAAAAAAAGUUCAAGUAGAUCCAUAUCUCGAAGAUUCUUUAUGCUCUGUGUGUGGUGUUCAACAUGGACCAUAUUUUUGCAGAGAAUUAUCAUGUUUUAGAUAUUUUUGUCGCUCUUGCUGGCAAUGGCAACAUUCAUCUGUUUCUUUUAAAAAUCAUAAACCAAUGACACGUAAUUCAAAAUCACAACAAUUAGUUGGUGUUGGACCACAAUCUACAACUGGUAUUUCAACAACAUCUUUAUUAGGAUCUAACCAACAAAAUAAUGAUAUUUCAGAUUUAACAUCUUCAGGUCAAACAAAUCGAAAUUCGCUUGCAGCUAUUCAACAAUUGAAUAAUGAUAUUUCCACAACAUUUAUACCACAAGCGUUCAAUAACUGUAAUAAUAACGAUAAUAACAAUAAUAAUAUAACAAAUGACUGUGGUGUAUCUUUCUCACCAAUUUUCAAUUAAAAAAAAAAUAUAUAUAUAUAUAUAAAACAAUAAAAAACAAAUAUAGACUUAAACUUAAUAAAUAAAGAAUAAAAAAAAACAGCAUUUUAAUAAAUAAAGACUAUAAAAUACAUGUAGAAAAUUAUUUGAAUAAAUACUAAAAUCAUUAGUAGAAAAUUUAACAAAUAAAAACCCAGUGAAUAAAAAUACGUUAUUAAAAAAUAUAAAGUUUUAAUAAAUGCAAUAUAACGGAAAAAAAAAGAAAAAAAUCAAAAUUUAAGUAAAUUAUAAAAAAAAAAUGAAGAAUAUUUAUUUCGUUUUUUGUUUUUUCUUUAUUUUUUUUUUUUUUAAUUAUUUUAAUAGAAAGCACCAAGUUGUCAAGCAAGAAUAAUACAUAAUAAAGAUUUAUUUUUUUUUUUUAUUUAAAUAAAAAUAAAUAAAAUAAAAAAUUUAAAUAUUUUAAAAAAUUUUUUUAAAAAACAAAUGUUAUAUUAUCAUAAUCCUGACUUUUUAGCAGAUGAUAUUAUCAUAAUGUUUUAAAUAUUCAAGUCAACAA